AAAUGACCGUGCACAUUGGACGGUUGGACUCUGGUCGUAGACAAUGUAUGUAGGUCAUGAAGUGGGGUGAGUGGCGUCAUCUUAUCUGAUACCAAAAGGAACUUUGACCUAACUGAGCAGGCGCAUAGAGGUAUGCAAAGGUCGAUAGUCUGUGAGUCUGGCCGGAAGAUGGCGACUCACAGCGCCGAUGUCAGCUAUGUGACCACUGCAGGGACUGGUCACGCGGAGUUGCGGUGGAGACCUGUCAGUGGGUCUAAGGCCCCGAACACGGCCUCCUUAGUGGAGCUGGGCGACAAAGUCCAGCAGAUCGUGGGCAGGAGCUCGUGGUGGGACCGGUACGGGGUCGACUGGUGCAUCCUGUCGGCUGGCCUGGGGCUGGCGUUCCUCGGCAUGUACCUCGCCAGCUACCAACACCCGCUUCUCUUCGCUUCCGGGUUGUUGGCUUGCGGCACUGGCCACUGGAUCCUGGCGAAUAAGGGCGCCCACCUGGCAGUCCACGGCGCGCUAGCGGAGUCCCGAGCGGUCAACGCCUUCGCCGUUUGGUUCAUGAGCGAACUGGCGGGGGCGUUCACUUACAAGGGAGGGUUUGACAUCCACAUCAAAGUCCACCAUCCACACACCAACAUCAUUGGGCUAGGAGACUCCAGCUCUUUCCGGGCACCCUUCCUCCCCAAGUACGUCUACAUGUUUUGUGCGCCUCUGCUGGUCCCGGCCCUGGCCCCGCUGGUCAGUGUGCAGAUCCUGUGGGGUCAAUGGGCAGCUAUGUUGUCCUGCGUCAUCACCAUGGCUACAGGACUGUACAUCAACCACUUCCUACUGGUUCACUUUUCUGGGUUCAGUGUGCUGGGUGCUGCUGCCUUCAUGUUGGCUUCUCGCUCCAUCUUCGGCCUACCUUACAUCCACGUCAACAUCUUCCAACACAUCGGGCUGCCCAUGUACUCACAGGAGACCCGCCCGAAGAGAAUUCAGCUAAUGUCGACAGGUGUGUUGAACCUGAGUAGGAACGCCGUGUUAGACUGGGUGUUCGGCCACUCCCUCAUCAGCUGUCAUGUGGAACACCAUCUCUUCCCUACACUCUCUGAUAACAUGUGCUUCAAGGUGCGGCCUGUGGUGCGUGACUAUCUGACAGCCCACGGGCUCCCCUAUAAUGAGGACAGCUACACGAGCAGGCUGAGGGUGUUUGUGGAGAAGUAUGAAGAGUGGAUGGUGAAGCUUCCUCCCAUCACACACUUUGUCGGCCUGCAGUAGAACACAGCCUGACUGUGACUGGUACAUGAUGGGCCUAGUGGCCCUUCCUCUGGUCAGGACCCUAGAGGCUUCACCAACACCUUAAGUCAGGAGAAACAUCUUAAUCCUGUCAAUUUAUGCAUGUUUUCUAAAAUAUAUGUAAUAAUAUGUACCUGCACCAAAAAUAAUCUUAGAAAUAUCAAUAUGUAAAAUAUUAAUAUAUAGAAUGGCAGAUGCCAUGACUCAUGAAAUUCCAAGCAAUUGCAUGAUUAUGUACAUAAUAUGUAAUAUAUACAUGUAUAUGAUAUAUAUAUAUGUUGUAUGUCUAUUUGAUUAACGUUAUGUGUAAAUGUAUUUGUUUGAAUGUGUAUGGUUUUGCUUAUAUCAUAUCUAAAACCAUGAAUAAAUAUGAAUCUUAUCCAUUGAGAUUUAUAAAUUUUAAUAAUAUCUAAAGAUAUCAAUAAAUAUUAAUCUUGUCUAGACUUGAGACAUUGAGAAACACAACUCUUAAGCUGAAAUAAGUAACAAAAUACUGAAAUAGCAUUGGCAACAAUGCAAACAAGCAAUAGAUAUCUUCCCUCCAUGAACGAGGUUGGUGUUGUUAGGGUUCUUUUUUAUGUUAUCGCAUGUGUUCAUUGUUAUAGGUAUGUUCAGGAGAAGACUGGCCCCGACCACGCGGUCGGAGGUAGUUUAUUU